AUGUACGACAUCAUCCUUUUCGGAGCAACUGGGUUUACUGGAAAAUUGUGUGCACACUUCAUCGCGCAGAAUCACCCUUCGACCACCCAAUGGUGCAUUGCAGGGAGGUCACUAUCUCGCCUAGAGGCUGUGGUAAAGGAGUUAAAAGAACUCUUCCCGGAUCGAGUUCCACCUGAUAUCGAGAUCAUAGAGCUCAAUGCUUCAAGCCUCGAGCCUCUGAUACAGAGAACUAUGGUGGUGAUCAAUGGUAUCGGGCCAUUCCAUCGUUUCUCCACUCCCAUUGUGGCAGCAUGUGCCACGCUCGGCACGCACUACAUUGACUUUACCACGGAGAUUCCGUGGAUCCGAGAAGUGAUUGAAAGCUAUGGCGAAGUUGCUCGGCAGAGCGGGGCACUGCUGAUACCCGGCUUGUCAACAUCAACCCCAUCGGAUAUCAUCGCAUGGCUGAUUGCAAACAAAAUUCAAGAGACCUACUCUACCGGCACAGGUGAGAUCAUUAGUUCUGGAAAGCUUGAUAUCAAGGCAAUGAGCGCUGGGUCUCUAAACACUGUCCUUGACACGUUCGAAACGUAUGGUUCUGGUUGGUACCUAUCUGGUGACUCGUCGAUAUUGUCUCCACCGCCUCAAAGAAUGACCUAUAAGGCACCUUGGAUCGCGCGCGUCUUUGGGUAUCGAUACGCACAAGAGCUGGGCGCUUUGGCAACCUCCUUCACAGGCCCUGGAAAUCAGGCCGUUGUUUACCGCAGCGCCUCUCAGAAACCAGAUCUCUAUGGACCUGACUUUCACUUUGAAGAGUAUCUCCCCGCGACUGGUGUAUUAUCCGCUGUUUUUGUGCAUCUCCUCACCAAAUUUCUUCUUGUCCUUUUGUCCAUUCCAUUCAUCCGUGGGCUCACGCGAAAGCUAGCCUUACGCAUGGAUUCAGCUCCCGACCUAAACCAGCUGCGGCAUGUGGAGCGGGCAGAGUUUCGUGCGGUUGGCAGCGAUAGUAAAGGGGCUGAACCUAGAGUUUGGGCAUCCUUUGCGCGAGAAGGGGCGUUAUAUGAGCUCACUGCACUUGUUACCUGUGUCGGAGCAAGGGUGCUCCUUGAUCGCAAGAUAAGUGCCGACAUGGCGGGAAAGGACGCUCGUGGACACGGUGGAGUGGUCACACCAUCGUUUUUGGGGAUGGAAUAUGUCGAUCGGUUGAAAGAUGCUGGGAUCAAGAUUGAAGUUGGAUUGUUGUGA